UGUAGAGUCAUCUGGACUGUAGAUUGAGAUCGCGAAUGGGAAAAGGUGGAGCCUUGGCAUUUUCAAGAGGCAUGCACAAAUGUGAAUGCACUUUGGGGGAAUCCAUCAGUCGAGCUUGGUGUUUGCUCACCAGCCAACACGGGACGGAGCUGGAACAUGACGGCUCCAGGCAAAACAACUGGACCUGCAGUCCCACCUGCACUCCCACCUCGACUCUAUUGCAGCAUCUUCUCUGACGUCCCUCACUUACAGCCACAAAAGGCCCCAAAGAGAAGCAAGACGCAAGAGUCUACGAGUGUCUCAGACGUAGGUUCUGAAGCUAUCUACGAAGACCCGGACGCAUUACUGGCUUCUAACCCAGAUGUGAGUCAACCAGAGGCUAAACCCAGGCCUGUGCCUCGUCCAAGGAGCAAAUCCAAACCAAAUCUCCAACUUGACACCAACAACACAACCAAAGGAAACUACAUCCACACGAUCAACUCAGGACACAACGAUAACACCGCCGUCACAGGCUAUGUAACAAGAACAGCUUUCGACGCCAACCCCACACAGACUGCCAACAGCACUAAAACUACCUACGAGACUGGAACCACCACCAAUGCUAACACAGCUUCCAAAUCUCACAACUCCAGAAAACCCAGUUCAACCACCUCUAGCACAGUCAACUCAACCCAUGAUGCAGUCAGAACCCACAAUGCCAACCCAGCUAAGUCCUCAGACAGAACAGGCGACACAAAGAACGAUGCAAGUUAUGAAAGAAUGAAGAACUUCGAUGAGUACAUGACACCUCGGUCUGCCCGCCAGCCUCCUCCCACACCGCCCAAGACCAUAGUUGGAAAAUCAACAGCAGCAGACAGUCCAGAGAUUUAUAACAUGGGAACUAAUUCAGAACUGGCGACAAGUGCAAAGAGUGACCAAAACGGAAAGAACUCAAACGACUACAUGACACCUCGGUCUGCUUACCAAGCUCUCCUUCCACCUUUAGCUCUUGAGUCCAAAGGCCCAUACUCAACAGCAGCAGAUGCGUCACAGUAUUAUACCACAAGAACAAAUUCAAAUACAAGUGUUAAGACGAGAGACGUGAAAAGCAGACAUCAAGCUUCAUCUUCAUCUCAACCUCUUAUGCAUCACAGCAGCUCAAUGUUGGACCUGUCAAGUGUUGAGCGUCACCAAAACGACUACAUGACACCUCGGUCUGCUCGCCAAGCUCUCCUUCCACCUUCAGCUCCCGAGUCCAAAGGCCCAUACUCAACAGCUGCAGACGCGUCACAGGAUUAUACCUCAAGAACAAAUUCAAAUACAAGGGUUAAGAAUCUGCCUCCUCUGCCUCCUCCUGGCCUGGAACCAAACAACCCUCAAUAUUGUGACAAAGUAAAUCCUACCCCACAGCAUAGAGACAACAGAAGCAGACAUGGGCCUCAAACGCGUGUCUAUCACAGCACAUCAAUGUUGGACAUGUCAAGCGAAACGAGCAGUGAAACUUCAUCUUUAUACGAAAUGGGAAGUCACUCAGGAUCAUCUCAAUACACUGACAUUGUGAACCCUCAGUACACAAUAGUUUUACCGGAUGAUCAUUACAACAGGCUAUGGACACAGGCACAGCGUUAUGAAGAUGAUAACCAGAGCACCUACAACGACAUAUAUCAAUUCACUCAAGAUAAUGUCGCCGAGCUGCUGCAGUGGUUAAAGAUAGAGUCCAGACAAUCUGAUACCAUGUCGCUGUAUGGCCUCAGUAUGGAGGAUGAAAUGAGAUCCUUCGAUCAGCAGGCCUGGCAUGUGAGAAAAGCCCGGCGUCUCUACAACCUUCUCAUGAAGAAACGCAAGGAUCCCCUACAGAAGAUCCUCGACGAGUUCAAGGCCAUCUGUGAAAAACUGGAAAAAGUGCAGAAAGCAAAUAAAACAAUGGGAAUAGCUGGUGGUACAACAAGUGCAGUAGGAGGCGUGGCCGCAGUGGUGGGCAUCGCCUUGGCCCCUGUUACCAUGGGAGCCUCACUGAUCGCGACCGCUGUUGGGGCUGGCAUUGUCGCAACAUCGGCCGGAGGUGUCGGCGUGAAAGUCGCCACGGCCAACAAGAAGAUUGUGAACAGGGAGACAGUCGAGAAGCUUGUAAAUGCCUACAAGUCAGAUGUUGCCGACCUGGAACAUUGCCUGAAUUACAUCCUCUGUCUGAUGAAGGAGCUGCAAAGACACAACAUUGCCAAGCUAAGCCGGGCCGGAGCGCACCCGGACGCGCUCAGGAUGGCGGAGCUGUCGAAGGUUGUGUCCAACAAAAGCAGGCAGGUGUCUCCUAACAACUCUGGAGGGCUGACGUCUGAAAGUAUGCUCAAGCAAUUCGAAUCGGAAUUUGAUGAGUAUUUCACGGAAAAGAAAGGCCAGAAGCUGAAGAAGUCGAACAAGAGCAAAUUUUUGGGCAGAGUGUGCACUCUGGUUAAAAACCUGCAAGAAGAACUCAAUUAUCUAGAUCAAAUGUGGGAAGUGUUAACUUAAAAACAGAUUACUGUGUCUUUGUGCCUGUGAUGUGAGGGAUACAUAUUGAAAAUAUUGUAAUAUAUUAUUAACUAUUGGCCAAUAAAUUUGUAUGUUUACUUCAUUCAUAACUGCAUUUUCUUUUCUUUUUUUUGCUUUAUUGUAGAAAUAAUUUGCUCUGUAACGUUUGUAUUAUUACAAAAUCAAAGACUAGUUAAUAGAUACAUAUUCUAAUAUGCUAAACUUGCAUAUUACUAAUUUUGUAUAUUUUAGUCUCAUUAUUUCAGCACACAUGGUGUGUUAGUCAUGACUAAACUGGUUCUAUGCACUUUCCUGAAGGAACGAAGGUUGAGUUACUUUUUCUUCCCCUGAUCAGGUAGUUUAUGUAGACAUGGAUGUUAGCCCCGGAGCGCUACAAAAACUAAAAUUACUUUGAAAAUGAGCCAAGAUCAACUUGUUAUGUCACACAGGAAAGUGCAAAAAAUAUAAAUAAAAUGAAAUUAAAAAAUUUGGACCGAGGUAUCAUAAUAAAAAGCCUGAGGUUGUGCAGUCACUAUUAAUUAAUCAAGUUUUAUGGUUUCACAUUUUUAAAUCUGAGUUUGACGUCAAAGUUCAAUAAAGUAUUAAAAUAUAACUUGACUCCUUUGGUAUGCGUGCAUGGACACUUUUUGCUAAAUCCGCCUACUGCCGAUUGUUAAAGAUAGUGUAACAUGUCGACCUUCCUUCAAAUUGUGUGUUCUGGUCUGAAAUACGUAAAGCUAUAAAUCACUGUGAACACAUCCUGUAAGUCAUAAAUCACAUACUAUGUUAAGUUCUCAAAGUGUAAAUCAUAAAAGUAAAACUCUGUUAUUGUACAUUUUUUUCAGCUGUUUUAUCUAAAUCCCGAGUUAAAAUAGCACAGUUUCACUCUCUUAAUAAACAGAUUUGUAACAAAAAUGAUGGCUCUGUUAUUUAGUUUCCACAUCUUGAC